AUCCAACUAUUUAUUGAUAAUGUCAAAUCGUGGAGAGGAUCGAACCAAAAAAUCCGACAGAAGUCCGUUCUCCGUGGACUGGUUGAAUUCCUGUUAUCAACAGACACUUCUUCCAGAUGCACCAUGGCAUGGGAUGGAGGAUAAGAUUUCCCAGUCAUUGGCUAGUAAGGUGGAAAAACAGUUUGGUAAGCCAGAGAGGAAGGAGGCAUUGUUGCAGAUCCUGGGGGAGCUGUUUGUAGAAAAGUACCUCCCUAAAGCAUCCAGGAACCCACAGAUACUGGAACUCCCUAAUAUGUCUCCUGUGGAGAAACAGAAAAUCAUGAAGGAGGCCAGUGCUUAUUUGAACAGCCAGAUGUACAAGUGUGUCAAGGAAAAGGGCUUGAAUGUCAUGUUGGGUAAAAACCUUAACACAAGUUCAACCCAGCCCAGUGAUUAUGAACAGUUCUUACAGCACACCUACAACAUAUUCCUGAGAGGUAUGGAGAGGGAAGAGUACAGACAGGAAAAUGAACUCGCAAAACAAAAGUUGGAUGAUAUAAAGCUGGAGAACAAGCUGAACAGAAUGCUGAAGAUUCCUGCACCUAGUCGUAUCAAACCAGCUACUGCUGUGUCCUCAGUGUCGUCUGCUCCGUCCGAUAAACCGAAUUCAGCAACAAUACGAACCAUGGUGCAUAAAGUAGAGGGUGACCCACCACCCCUCUGGGGACCCCAGAGUGAUCUAAUUGGUCGGGCUGUUCAGGCCAUUCUGCAGAGGGACCCUAGGAAAUUUGAGUAUGUGGCUGGCAAAAUGCAUGGGCGUCAACUGCCUGGCUCUCUCAGGACAUUUAUGUGGUCCGAUGUACUCUUCCGAGAAGAAAGGAAAAAAAUGCCUGAAGCGAAUUUAGAGAAAAUAAUUCGAGAGAGAUUCGCAAAAGCAGUCAGCAGAGGCGUGCAAGAAUUAAGAGUCACAAGGGCUACAAACUCCCCUAUUGCAGGCUUGGUUGAAACAGCAGUCAUAGAGACGUAUCACAAGACAACCAGUAUGGUGGCCUUUAAGUCCACAGAGCACAUGCGGGAGGCAUCACGAGUGCUGAAUAUUUUGUAUGUGUAUGACAGAACUUAUGAACCAUACCUAGUUCACUGGCUGUUCCCCUUACAGAUAGCCUUCCAAAAUUCCUCAGAGAAAACUACAGAAAAAGGGGAGCAUGUGUAUGAGGUGGCUAUGUAUCUUGACUUAUUGAACUCCAGUUGUUUUCCCACCUGGCCACAGGUGUUUGCCAUUGCUGAACAGGUGAUGAUGACAUUGAGCUUGUCUGACCCUGACCUUUACACUCAUUUGAAAUCCAUUGCUAAGACAAACAUGAAGGUCAAUAAAAAGGAGUUUUUGAUGCACCUGAUCAGUUCAGAGAAGGCCAAGGCUGAGGAGCUGUUGAAAGCCACCCCUGGGAGUAAGAGAGAGGAAUACAUGUCCAAUGAAUUGUUAGCAGAUCCACUGGUCUUCAUCAGGAGGUGGAUCGGAGAGGGCUUUGUGAGUGUGCUGGACACACCAGCUGUGAUGUAUAUCUGGGAUCAGUGUUUCAUGCAAGGCUGGCAGCCGAGUGUCCUAAAACACACCAGUCUGGCCAUAUUGGAGCUGCUCAGGGAAAAGUUCAUGAACGCUCGUGAUUACUCGCAAAUGAAAGAGGUUUUCCUACGAGACUGCUGUAAGCUCUACACAGUUGACGUACAGAUGGCCUGGAUCCAUUUGGAAAAUGGGAAAGAUCUCUUGGAAAUUCCAUACCUGAACAGACAAAGACCAAGUACACCUGGGUCAAGGAUGUCACAGGUUCAAAGUGCCCCGCCCACUCCAGGUAUCCCAGGAUUCCUCAAUCCAUGUGGGGUUAAAGACAUCAUCCUUCGCCUCAUCAUUCCUUCAGAGGUGGUGGAAAGGGAGCAGUGGUUAACAAAUGUGGAUGCUGAUGGCCUACAGAUCCACGUUCACGCUUACUUUGGAAGUGUAAAGCUCCGAUCACGUCUCUCCAUGGGAAAAGCUGUCACUACAUCUGUAACCAAGGACAAUUACGGAAACACUAUAUACGAGGUCCACUUCUAUGAGGACAAGUUUGUAUUCGAUAACCUCGACAUUUCUGAACUUGAUGUAGAAAGAGAGUUGGGUGCCUUUCCGUAUGCCAUUGUUCGUGUGGAGUACCGAAAGCCAGGUCCUGAGGCAUUCAGAAUCAGUGUGCCUCUGGGUUGGGCACGGAUCCCAUUGUUCCAGCGUGCCUCACGAGGAGGAAGGUCGUCGGCGGACUCCCUGGCUAAUGUGGAGUGGUCCCUACAGGACGGAGACUUUGUGUUCACAAUCCAUCCCGGAGCUCUACCCCAGAAUCUGAUUUCUUCUGACCCAGUCACCCCUCCACCCGAAGAUCAGCAAGAGGACACUGUUCUGGGAUACAACUCGGAGUUGGUUGCUAUUGUGUAUGAUCCUCGACGGGAACCUGAGGGCAGGGCCAGACCUGUCGGAGUGACCCCUAUUCCCACACUGCCUGCUGGGUCCACACAAAUUCCACCUCUUGCUACCCACUCUCCUAGGCACAGUCCGGUUCAGAGGAAAAGUCCCAGACCCAAGCCAGCCCCUAGAAGGACCCCUGUCCAGAAGACUCCACAACCCCAGCAGACUGAUGAGCCCUGGGUGGAGCCAGAUUCCACUGCCAUGGCCAGUAAUCCCAUGCCCACAGGUCUGUCGGAGGCGUUUGACUUUUACAUCGACAGUGUUCGCUUCAUUCCUGACAACUCUUCUAUGAUUAAGGUGACGGGGUUAAUCAAAACUGCUAAUGAUGCCAAGCUUCUUCUGGCCUUACCUAUGUUGACCAGCCAAGCCAGAUCCCCCCAAUUUGAAUUUAAGCUGACAGUUAAUGAACAGAACAAGAAGAUGGAUGCUGACAUGGUGAUUUUUCUCAGGGUGUACACAGAGAAUGUGCUCACAGAUAAAGUCUCUGUCAUCGGUAGCUGUUUCGUUCCUGUGUUCAAGGAAGGAAAGUUAAAUGUUGGGGGUCAGCAGCUGAGAUUGAGGAAUGGCAUUCCUCCCACCAAGACAAAGAAUGUAGCCACAGACCUGGACAGCUUUCCUGCCGUGCCAGCCUGUUCUAUCCUAGUCAGACUGUUACCAACACAGCAGGGAGUAGUUCCAAUACCGCCCUAUUCCUCGGGUUACUAUUUCUCGGAGCCAGCUCGUCCCACUGUUUCUGAACAGAGAGUAUUCAGCAGCUAUAAGGAGCAUUAUAAUUAUCCCCAGAAUGUGAGGGAGAUGAUCCAGAGGAUACAGCAGUCAAAUGAGGUCCCAGUGGAUGAAAAUGAUGAUGACUUAUUGAAAUAUCUGCAAAGCCAGUUGGACAUCAAGAGACUUGGACCCAAAGUUGUGGCGAACAAUCUGCCUCUCUCCAACAUGGUUCGAUAUAGGGUCAAGAUGGGACUCAACGCCAAGGUUGUCCAGGCCUACGGUCUUCCAGAUGGGUACUAUGUCCAGUGCUUUGUACGAGUUUCCCCUGGGGAAAAAGUUCUGACAAUGGAAGAGACUCCAGAGGGUUAUGGAAAGGAGGAAAAAUUUGUGACCCUGAAGCAUGACUACGAUAGCUUUCAAACUGCUCCCAAGUUUCGUGAUGAUCCCAAAUCGAUGCACCCGUUUUAUGACAAUUAUUCGUGUCUGAUUAUCCAAAUCUUUGGAUUGGACCUAAUUUACCGCAUGAAACCAGAGCAUGAUGAACCAGGAACAGUGCACUCCAUUAAGAAUGGGGAGCUGGCUUUGGGAGAUGAACAGAUUCUGGCAUGGACUGUGGUCCCCAUGUUUGAAGGAAACUGUGUAGCCUCUGGAACACAUGAAGUUCCUCUCUUCAAAGGAAAGCCACCUGCUGGUAUUUUGGAAGAGUUUAGUCAAAGGAGUGCCAAAAAUGUCAUUCAAACGUGGAAGUGGGAGAAAACACAGAAGAUGCCCAAUGCUAGUAUGACUGUGUUACUGUGGGAUGGACAUUUUGAGCUAGAGGAAUUGCCUGAGAAAUCUACCUUUAAUUACUUAUUGGAGGCUGCAGGCACUCAGUCCACAUAUCAGCAGGGGAGGAAACCGCCACCAAAAACUGCCAAGAAGAUCUCAAACUUUGUGGUGGAUAAUCUAGAACAAAAGCACAAGAAGCUUGGGACCAACAGUUCAGUGUACACCACCGAACAGAAAUAUUUUGAUGAUCUUAUCACAAAAACCUUCUACAAUCUCAUGGAGGAUGCCUUGAUGAAUGCGGGUUAUGGUCCACUGUAGAACCUGGAACAAUGGGUAACCAAUACCUUAUGAGUUCAAAUAGAACCAUGCAGACCCUGCCAAAUUGUUGUCUUUUCACAGCAUUUCCAGAGCUUUGUGUGCCUGUGUUAGAGCACCCAUUUCACUAAUUUGGAAGUGGAGCUUUUUCAUAUCUGUUAAAGAAAUCACCAGUGAUUUUGCAAAUCCAUAAUUCCUCGAAUUUAUCCAAACUGUUUUAAUAGACGGAUUAGGUAUCAGAAACUAGCUAAUGAUAGGGAAAAAAAAAGAUUUAUCAUACCAGUAGAGGAGGAUAUAAUUUCAUUGAUCAAAAAGAUAUCUUUUAUAUUUUUUUAUAUUGAUGAAUGAUGUGGGUGGUAUUUGUAUCCCCCCUUUCUUCUCUUAAACUGAUUUUUAGAUUUAAUUGCAUGGGAACACCAAAUUGGAAACAAUUUGACUUUUCUGAAAAUAAGUAUAAAGGUGUCGGAAACAUAUAUUUCAGAUUUGAACACAAAAGGAUAAAAUUGCCCCUGGUACAAUUUAUUUUUUACAUACAGGUGAAUGUAAAAGAAAUAGAUUUGUAUGUAGAAUAAGAUAUAUACAUGAUUGUAAAUACUGUGGAGGACAAGAUCUUCUGUUCUAGACAUAUCUUGAAUUAUCUGUAUGAAUUCUGUCUAUCAUGACUGGUGCAAUUAUAUGUAAUCACUAUUGUCAGUUUUAGUUGUAUCGGUUGUGAUUAUUAGUUUUUACAGAGAUUAACAUUUUAAUAAAAUUGUUUACACACA